CUUUUGGACCUUUUAGGCCCCGGGCCUCAGUGCAAUGCACACCUAUGCAACCAUGAAGUUACGCCACUACCUCACCCUAUAAUAUCAUUCAAUGGUUCUUAUCAAUAAAGAGAAGACAACUGGGUAAAGUUAAUAUGGUAAAGAAGAAGGUAGAAUGUUUUUAUUAUUUGAACUUAUUUUUAAGGGAGAUUUGAGAGUAUACACAGAACAUUUUCAUUAAAAAAUCAAUAAUGCCUUAAUUUAUAAAUAAAAAAAAGUAAACUUAUACAUAUUAAGAAUAGCCAAACACACACACACACAUGUAUCGCUGCCGUCAUAAGCGAAAAUGCCGUAAGUCCCAAAAAAAUAAAAAAUGAGGUUAUAAACAAAAAAUUAUUGUGAAAUUCGGCUUGUGUAGAUGAAUAUGCCGUAUGUCUGAAAUAUUACUCCAAACAUAUAAUACAAUCAAAAAUCAAAUAACUUAAACUCCGUAAACCGUAGAAAAAUUUAUGGGUACUAGGUAAUAACGCCGUAAAAUCACCAUACUAAGCAUUAACGCAGUAAGUAAUAUUGAAGAUACGGCGUUUUAUCUUGGUACAUAGUACAAAUUUUAAUUGGCGGCAUUUUGGCUUAGUAACACGGACUAGUUUACUUAUCGCAAAGCAAGUCACUAUCGGAACAUUUUAUUUAUAAUAAACUUAUUCGAUAUUUAAUUAUUUUUCUACGGUGGAGUUUAGUUUACAUUGUAUCGUUGCCACGUUAAAAUGUAAUAAUUUUUAAAUUUUUAAAAUGAAUAAUGAAAAUGAUGAACCUUUUUUUUACGAUCCAAAUCUUCUGGUUGUACCUGCCUCACCAAAUUCAACUGAAACAUUAGAUGACCUUGAUGAAAUAAUUGAUAUUGCAGCGUUGCCCAUACACUUUGAUGACGGAUUCGUAAUUGAAAAUGUCGAUCCAGCUCACGACAAUACAUCAACUUCGAACAAUUCCGAAAAUGAGUCCUAUACCAAACGUGGCCAAAUAAGAAAACGUAAGAAAUAUAACACGUCUCCUAAAACUCGUAAAGAAAAAAAAAUACAACUUAUGAAAUAUAAACAUACUAUUUUACCUGGGUGUGAACAUGAUAAAUGUAGAAACAAAUGUACACAAAAAAUAACGGAAAAUCGCAGAAUAGAAAUAAAUAAACAGUAUUGGGAAAUGAAUUGGUCGGAAAGAAAAUCUUAUAUUUUAAAUACUUGCGAACGUUUUGACGUAAAAUCACAUAAAAAUAAUGAAAAUUGUAAAAGACUAAAUAGUUUGAAAUUAUUUUUAUAUGAUGAAUUUGAUGUGCGAAUGCAAGUUUGUAAGCCUUUUUUUUUAACUACUUUAGGAUUUAAGAAGACUAAUGAUCAUGUGCUUAAUGUUCUUGUUUCAACCCCCAAAGGUCAAAUUACACCGACUUCUGAUAAACGGAGUAAACAUCCAGCAAUUAAUAAAUUUAAAUAUGAAACCUUAGUUAUGGAUCACAUUGAAUCAUUUAAUCCAACAAUUUCACAUUAUCGCCGUGAACACGCACCAAACAUUCGUUAUUUACCAAGUGAUGUCACAAUAACUUUUAUGCACCAACAUUUUAUAGAAAAGUUCCCUGAAUUAGACCGUAAUUAUAUUUCGUAUGAAUAUUAUCGAUGCAAGGUAAAAGAAAAAAAUAUUUCAUUCGCGCAGUUAGGUCAUGAAGAAUGUGAACUUUGCGAAAGCUUUAAUAUUCAUGAACACAAAACUCAAAUUUUGCCCGAAUGUGAUGUUUGUACAAUUUAUACAACUCAUAUAAACAAAACUAAAAAAGCUAGAGAUUUAUACAAAAAACAAGCAGACAUGGAAUUCGACGAAACAAAUAUUUAUUUGUCCGUUGACUUACAGAAAGUAAUUAUGUUACCUCGUGUCGAUUCUUUUAAAAAGGUUAUAUUCACAAAACGAAUUGUUGCGUAUCAUGAAAGUUUCGUACCUUUGGGGAAAAAAUCUAAAUUAUUUCCAUUCGCUUGUAUUUGGCACGAAGGCAUUAAUGGUCGCAAUAAAGAAGAUUUGAUAAGCACAUUUUAUGCGUUUCUAUUAAGUAAUCGAGAUGCAAAUACAGUCGAGCUGUCACUGAAACACCAAAAGAAAACGUAUGACUUUGAUGAUUUUGCCAUUGCUAUUGGCAACGCAAAUAAAUCUAAAGUUGUUGUAAAAAAAAUGGAACACUCGGAUUUUUUUUUAUGGAAGGAUUAUAAAGCUCAGCAAAAAUUGACCAAAUCAACAAAUCGUAUUUUACUCAAAGAUGUAGUAUCUGUUCAAGUUAAACGUGGGAAAUUUAUAUUGUUCACUAAAAGCGAUUACGAUGAAGAAUAUUUAGAAUUAGACUUUUUAAGAAAAAAUGUUAUGAAAAUCAAUGGAAUGCCGCAUCCAAUCUCAUUAAUGAAACCACGAGGGGUUUUACAAGAAAAACGCGAUAGUAUCCUACAAAAUCUGUCUCAAGUUCUCCCAGCCAACAGAAAAAUUUUUUGGGAAAAUAUUCCAACAUGCUAA